AUGACACUGAGGUAUAAUAAAAUUCGAGAAGCUCUGCGUGAUUGCACACUUAAUUCUGAAGAGCAAGAACAAGUACUAGAAAAAGUUAUUCCGACUGAUGACUCUUAUGAAAAUUUUAAGAAUGAUUUGAAUAAUCAUAUUAGUUUAAAAACUACUAUGGAAAGUAUUCAAUAUGCAACUUUGAAUAAAAUGAUGGCUCUUCAUUUUUUUUCUGCUGGUGAAGAGAUAAUGGCUGUUAAUCAUUUAGUAGAAUCUCACGCUGUUAUUCAUAGGCAGCAAAUAAAUUUUCGCUACAUCAAAGCUGAUUUGAGAGAUCAAGUUUUCACAACAUCUAAAGCUUAUGGUAUAAAUCCCGAGUUUAUGGAAUUUGAUGUUGAUUCUGUUAAUGGACCAAAUUCAUUAGUAACUAAACUAUCAGAACUUCCUAAAGAAUGGUACAUGGUUCAAAUAACCAUGCAAUAUGAACCACAAACAGCAUAUAAGCCAGCGGUAACUACUCAUGCGAUGCACAUAACAAUUUUACCUACUGGUGAAAAUUUAUUACAACCUUUUUGUAUAACAGUGCCUAAGCCACCCACCGAUAUGUUUGAUAUUUGCAAAGAAAUUACAGAAUUAUUGGCAAAAAAUAAAGAUGAUUUGAAAAGGGAAUACCAAAAUCCUAGCCAUUAUUGGAAAAUGAGAGUUAGGCAAAAUAACACUAUGGAGGGGGCAGUGAGAGAAAUAGAAAAUACUUGGUUAAGAGAAUGGAGAAUAUUAUUUAUAGCAGAUCCAUUAACGUCAUCAGAUACAAUUGAGAGUCUUCAUACAAUGAUUGAUAAACUUGUAGCCGAUGACUCUUCUCACGAAAAACUGUCUUUAAAAACCCUAUGGUUAUUGAAAAAAAUUACUACUUGUUCAUAUUAUUUGUCCAAGUCAGAAAUAGCAAGAGCGGUUAAUUAUGUGCUAAAAGACAAUCCAAAACUUGCUAACAAUAUUAUUCUUUCCAUCCAUGGAAGACAAAAUGAAAUUCUACAACUCCAAAAUGAAAAAAGAAAAACGUUAAUUUUAGUAAUCGAUGAGCAUAUGGACUAUCUACCUUUCGAAGCAAUGACUUUGUUAAAAAAACAACCUGUUACACGAUUUUCAUGUGUCCACUUAGCUUACGCAAUGUUUAAAGAACAUAAAGAUACCAUAGAGGACGGUUGUAAAGUGAUUGAAUAUAAAAAAGAAUUGGGUACUUUUAUUGUUAACCCAGAGGGUAAUUUGUCAAAGAUGGAAACACGUUUAAAAGUAUUUUUAAAAUACUGGCUAUCAGAUUGGAAAGGGAUUUAUAAUAAAACACCUGAUCAAACUGAAUUUUCAAAAGCAUUGACAGAUUACAAUGUUCUGAUGUACAGUGGCCACGGAAAUGGUGUUCAAUUCUUUUCUGGAGAAGAAAUAGAACGCUUACGAGUUAACUCAACAGUCUUACUAUUUGGGUGCUCUAGUGUUAAACUAAUGCCUGUUGGGGGACGUUUUCCACCUUAUGGAGUUUGCAAUCAAUAUUUAACAGCCUCUAGUCCGUGCAUUCUCGGAAUGCUUUGGGAAGUAACUGAUGUAGAAAUUGAUAAAAUGACUGCAAGUUUUAUAAGUAAUUGGGUAUCAUCUUCAGCGCCUAGACCUUGGUCUCAUGUGGAUCUUGAGCAAUGGGUCAAUGGUGUACUUAAGUUUAAAAAUAACGUACAAACAGAUGAGUUUGAACAACUUCAGGAGCCAGAAAUGUUAAGAGCUUUUGCUAACGCAAAGGAAGUUUGUACGCAGUACAUGACUUCAGCAGCAGCUGUUGUUAGAGGAUUGCCAAUUAAACUUAAAUAUUAA